CACACCCCUGCGGCCAGAUCAACGCGUCGCGCAGUAUUUAAGAGGCCUGUGAACCAUCCGCAGCCACCAGUUCGGACGUUGUGAGCAGCCAAGGAACUCCUCAUCAUGAAAAUGUUUAUGCUCGCCUGUCUGGUGGCUGUGGCCGCUGCUGCGCCACAGCAGGUCUUUGACGAGUUCGGCAACGUGGUGGUGGAGCAGCACAGUCUGCCCAAGAUCCGGCUGAUUUCACAGCGGUUUGUACAGGACGGUCGGGGCAACUACGAGUACGGAUACGAACAAGACAACGGACAGAAGGUGGAGGAGGUGGGCCGCAGCUUCCCGGGACCCGAGCCGGGGACGGGUAGCAUCAGCAAGGACGGCAGCUUUGAAUUUAUUUCGCCCGGGGGUCUGAAGUUCCGUGUCGACUACCAGGCCGAUGAGGGCGGCUUCAAGCCGUCGGGCGCCCACCUGCCCGUGGCGCCGACGCAGCUCCCGGAGUACGCCCAGCUGCGGGCCCAGCACCCGGAGCUCUUCAUCUCAUCCCCGUAGAGGCCCUGGCAUCGUAAAGGCUUACGCGACGCCGGCAUCGAGACCAGUCACCAACACCCGCGUCGUCAGUGCUUCGUGUUGUGUCUCGCAUGCUACCCAAGCUCUCCCUAAUGACUGCGGAAACAUGUCUGUGAAUGUCUCCUGUUCCGUCACGAGUCGAGAUGUGCGCCGAAGGCGGACAUCGCACCAUGUGUGAUAGAAAUGGGUUCAAGUCCUGGGAACUCAAGUCGAAGUGCAGCUAUAAUAAAUUGAUUGUGCUUCCUUUACGUCAAGACACAAUGAUCUAUAAUGUCGUGAUAGAAAAGGCUGCUAAGCAUUGUCGGAGGAUGGGAGUCAUUUGUAACGUGGUUCCAUCGUCAGUCGCCGUCAUCGCAGUGUCGCAGACAAGAUAUUUAAAUGUCGUGUAAGGGUCUCCUUUGACAAGCGUCGUAUUGGUGAUGAGCCAAGCGUCCGGCAAGCCGUGGCGAAGCCAGAGGACCUUGCAGGAUGCAUUCUGCUACUCCGUAAAAGAACGGGAACGAUAAUAGCUUUUCCGUCCUAGUCUUCAAUUUUAUGGUUGUGAUCACCUGGCCCAGAUAAUCUGGGCCGGCCGGCGCUAUUAUUCUGUCUCGUUAUCGACUGACGCAGAUCGCCUGUAUCUGGCAUGAUAACAAUUGCUAUUUCUAAGUUCGCAACGCUCUAUUUUCUGUAAAACCAGGCCACAAAAACUAAAAAUCCACCAUUCAGGUGAGAAAUUCUAAAAGCUUAAGCGAAAAGCGAAAAGCUUUAAACCAUAAUGACGUCUUCAGAAUGACGGCAGGAAAAGACGGUGGAUGGGUUGUUUUAUUAGGACAAUGCAUUCCGAUAAAUUAUGAAGUGUGUGAAAGCCACAAUCUUGUUACCCAAUAUAACGCAUCAAAUAAACCAUAACUUUUCGCACCUGGUAACAAUUAAAAACGAACGUUUGUGAAACUCACCUUCAUAUGACUCAAUAACAUGCAUUAAAUAAAAUACAUUUUUUCACAAAGUAACACUGAAGAACGAUAUUACAGCGCCUUGGGACGGGGAAAUUUGACCGUCGGAUUUUCUUUCUCUGCGUCCAGCCCAGUCCGUUUUGUUAUGUCUUCUUCUUUUGACUCAGCUGUAGCGGUGCAAGGAGAAUGUCGUGUGAGGGGAGACGGAGGAACAGCAGGUCAGCAAAAACAAACGAUAGGUGGAUCGCAAAUUGUCAUAUCGCUGGGCUCUAAUGCUCUGGACACUGCCUGCGCAUCAGACGAGAGAUAGCUACCAACUAGCAUCACAGCAAGUGGAGGCCAAAACAUGUUGGCUUGCUGUGCAUGGAAGUGGACGUAGGCUUUCAACUCAAAGAU